AUGGAUCAAAACAAAAGGAAGGAUCAGGUUUUGAGGGAAUAUUUCAGCAACAAACAGUUUUUGAAAAGAACUUUGCAGUUUGUUCUCUCAGUUUCUGUGUUUUCUGUUUUUGUUUGGUACUCUUCUGGCUUUUCCACACACCCUCAUUCCUUCAAUGUCUACUUCUCCACGUGCCUUUUCUCCAUGUUCACUCACACCAUUGAGAGAAAAUACAUGUUCCUCAUUUGUAACGGAAUCCUUGCAUUUGUAGCCAAGACGUCACUCAUGAGCUCUUCAGAUUCUGACUUUGACCAGCUUCUACCUUCCAAUCUGUCAGAGACAAAAACAACAACAGUUUCUGACAUGGUAGUUGCUCCUCUGGUCGAAAGUUUUGCGUCCCCAGAGAAUGUUUGUCUGGUGGUUGAAGAACAACAGGGGCAAGAGGAAUACAGUGAAGAAGUUUCAGAAGAUGAAGAUCAAGAACAAGACACCAAAACCGAAGGAAGAGAAAGUGAAGGUUACAUUACAGACGAGGAUAUCAAAGAAGGAGAAUCAGAUAGUGAGGUUGAGAUGGCACUAGAUGAUGAACUUGCAGAAACAACUACCACAACAAACAAUGAAGAGUUAUUAAAUACUGAUGAACUGAACAGAAAGUUUGAAGAGUUCAUAAGGAAAAUGAAAGAAGAGAUAAGAAUUGAAGCUCGAAGACAACUUAUUGCAGUUUAA